GUAUACUUUGUUUCUUGAGCUUCGUGAAUACCGGAUUGUCUCCAAUUCUUUAACUAACUUCAACCUGAAUUCAUGGUGGUCCAAAGCACAAGAUUUAGAUCAGUGUUCUUGUAAUCUUUUCUGCUUCACUGUUUCUAAGCUCACUUCUAUUUAAGACUAAUGAAGAGUUGGUCGCAAAGCAAUUAGCUUGGUCAAAAGCUUCUAUUCAGAUGCAGCCUCUCUAAAGCAGGUACCGCACAAAAGUAUAUAUAUAACUAUUUGAAUUUCUCUGAGGAUUCAGUACUUGUCUGGGGACAGAUAGAUAUAGAAACCAAAAUGGAAGGUGGUUUAUUUCCACCUUGGAAAGUUGGUUCAUGUCAAGGGUUAGAAUUAGAGGAUGUGCAGGAAAAUGAUGACCUCAAUUUGGUUUCAUCGUUACCAGCCAUACCUCAGCCACCUACACCACAUGAACCUAUGGAGUUCUUAUCAAGAUCAUGGAGUCUCUCUGCUUCGGAGAUUUCAAAAGCUCUUUUGGAAAAACAAAAGCAAACUUUCCAUGACAAAAUUCCAGCCACGUUGCCAGAAGCUAUUUUGGUACCUCAAAUAGUAACAGGCAAGGUAAUUGGUUCUGGUCAUUGUAGAAAGAUGGGUACCUUUGGAAAAUGGUUUCAUCACAAGCAACAUGGAAGUACUUACAAUAUCACUGUAAAGAAGAAAGAUCAUACACGUAUAGAAAAUGCACAUGUGCAUUCUGCUUUGUCCAUUGCAGGUUUAGCUUCUGCUUUGGCUGCAGUGGCUGCAGCCGAGGGCUCUAGUAGUUCUCAUUCAAAGUUGAAUUUUGCUCUGGCUUCUGCUACACAACUGUUGGCAUCACAUUGCAUUGAAAUGGCUGAGCUAGCAGGUGCAGAUCAUGACCGUGUGGCUUCUGCUGUGAAGUCUGCGGUUGAUAUUCAUACCCCGGGUGAUCUAAUGACUCUUACUGCUGCAGCUGCAACAGCUUUGCGAGGAGAAGCAGCUCUAAAGGCAAGAUUGCCAAAAGAAGGAAAGAGGAAUGCAUCUAUAAGUCCCUAUGAUAGGGGACUACCACAGUCUCAUUUUCCUGCAUUUGAAGGUCACAUGUGGGAACGUUAUCCUCCAUGUGUGGGUGAUUUGUUUCAACUCACACGAAAAGGUGCAUUACGAUGGAAGCAUGUUUCUGUUUACAUCAACAGGAAAUGUCAGGUCAAGAUCAAGAUCAAAAGCAAACACGUUGGAGGAGCCUUCUCCAAAAAGAAUAAAAGUGUGGUUUAUGGAGUCUGUGAUAAAGAUGUUGCAUGGCCAUAUAGAAAAGAAAGGGAAGCAUCGGAAGAGUUCUACUUUGGCCUCAAAACUGCACAAGGUCUUCUAGAGUUCAAGUGCAAGAGUAAACUCGACAAGCAGAAAUGGGUUGAUGGGAUAGAGAGUCUACUUCGUCCAGUCAACUCUGUUGAAGCAACAGAACGUUCUUUGGAAUUUUUAAGUAUCAGCACCAGUACAUGACUGGUUUGGAUUGUAUUUUAUUUUGUAUAUGUAAGUGCCUAGAAGAGUAGUACAUAAAUUUUUUUUGCCAAACGCCUUUACUCUUUUGACUGCUGUACCACUAAGAUACAGAAG